CGGGCCCGGACCGCGCCCUUCCCGGAUCCGCGCCUGGGAAUCGCUGCCCGGCGCGCGCCCCCCGCGCCCAGCCCGAGACCCCGCGCGCCGCCGACCAGCGCCAGGCCCGCGGGCACAGCGGCCGUGCGCAUCAUGAGCCGCAUCUACCACGACUGCGCCCUCCGGAACAAGGCGGUGCGGAGCGCGCGGCUGCCGGGGGCCUGGGACCCCGCCGUCCACCAGGGGGGAAACGGCGUCCUGCUGGAGGGAGAACUGGUAGAUGUGUCUCGCCACCGCAUCUUGGAUGCCCGUGACAGGAAGGAGCACUACUAUGUGCUGUACAUCAGGCCCAGUCGCAUCCAUCGCCGGAAGUUCGACCCCAAGGGAAAUGAAAUCGAGCCCAACUUCAGCGCCACCAGGAAGGUGAACACGGGCUUCCUCAUGUCAUCCUACAAGGUGGAAGCAACGGGGGACACGGACAGACUCACGCCCGAUGGGCUGAAAGCACUGAUACAAAAGUCAGAGCUGCUUGCGCUGACGGAGAGCCUUACCCCCGACCAGACAGUGGCGUUCUGGAUGUCCGAGUCAGAGAUGGAGGCGAUGGACCUGGAGCCAGGGGUCGGGGUACGGCUGAAAACUCGAGGCGAUGGCCCCUUCCUGGAGUCAUUAGCCAAACUUGAGGCUGGAACAGUGACCAAGUGUAAUUUUGCUGGUGAUGGAAAGACAGGGGCAUCCUGGACAGACAACAUCAUGGCUCAGAAGUCUUCGGAGAGAGCCACAGCGGAGACCCGAGAGCAGGGGGACGGGGCGGAGGACGAGGAGUGGGACGACUGAGGCGAGUGGGAGUGAAGCGCCUCCCGGGCCUACCAGCACUGCUGAGAAUCUCUUCCAUCAACAUCGACUCUGGAGUUCGAGGGAGCGGUCCGCCAAGCCUUCCCUGGUUCUUCCUACAGCUGCCAUGGAAUGCUCUUGGAAUAAGCAGUGCUAAAAUCAAAUCCAAGACGGUGACAUGAACAGUGGCGCCCCAUGCUGUGGCUCAUGGAGGGGCCCUCCCUCGAUGUGCGUCUAGAUCUUCUAGAUGUUUCCAUGGUGGCCCUUGCCCUUAAAUGGCAGCCUUGUUUCUGGAAGCAGUCAGUGGAACCAAACUUGGUCUUUGUGUAGACUUGGGGAAUGUCCCUCAUCUGCAUGCAGAGUGGCUCAGGGGUCCCUUCCUCUGCCCUCGUAUUUUCUCCUAUACCUUCCACGCCUGCUCCCCCGCCCCCCCCCCCCCGGUCCAGUGCUCUGAGUUAUAGUCUUUGCUCUCCUGUUCAAACCUCCUUGUCCCCUCUGUGCCCUUUUCCUCCCCUAGAGCUGCCAAUUCUUUAUUCCUCCUCUGGUUCUCUGCCACACUGGGGGGUUGCUGUCUCCUGACCUCCCUGGCUGCUUUGCUGGGGAUGCUGUUCUCAGGGAGGCCUAGAGUCUUCACAGGUGUGGCUGGCUGGUCCCCACCUUUCAGGUUCACCCUGCCAGGCCACAUUUUGGUAACACCUUUUCCGCUAUUGUUCUGUACUUUGAGAACUUUUUAUGAGUGAGUAAAUCUUCAGAAAAGGAUUCCUCUGCAUUGACCGGGUUAUGUCAGGUAUUAACGGUCUUCCAGCUGAGCAGUGAUCCUGUAAGAAGGAAGCCAUGUCUUUUUGAUCAUGAACAUCGCCUUGCUGGGUAGCGCGCCCGCACUCAGAUCCAGGACGGCUUGUGGAGUUGAAAUCCACGUGUCCUAAGAAUGGGGCAGAGACUUGGUGGCAUUUGGAUCCUGCUGGCCUCAGGGACAAGAGAGGGUGGUGGUGAACUAACAAGUGUUGAGCCCCCUAAUGUAUCGAACACGGCACUAGAUGCCUUCCAUGAUGAUAAUCAUAGCCACUGACUGUCGAGUGCUUCCUGGUGCUAGCUAGCGUACCUAUCCCCUGCUUUUCAAAAGUUAUAUUAGGACACCUGACGUUCAUGAAAGACCUACCUCAGUACCUGUUUUUUUCUAACCAAAAGAAAUCUGAGUUUUUAUGAAAAUAAGGCAAAAAAAAAAAAAUGAAAAUAGCGUUCAGCAUUUGUUUCGCAGGGAGCCAUUAUAGAGGCCGCACACCCCAAGUAGUGAGAGCGACCCCACCAGUCUCCUCUCCUGGGAACAUCUAUGCUUUACUUCAGUUGAUUUCAUGUGUGUGUCAGCAAGAUGUACCCAGAAAAGCCUAAGAAAACGCUAAAAAAUUUUUCCAUAUAAAUGAAUGGUGAUUGCUUCCUCGCUGUUUCUCAUUUCAGUUUACAAAAGGUUUCGUAGGAAUGCUGUACUUUUUGGAUAGUAGGGGAAACUUGUACUUGCUAAGCACUUGCACUAUCUUACUUCACUGUCACAGCAAUCCCGUGAGGUAUGUGUGAUUAUUAUUCCCAAUUUUUUCCAUAUGAUUCCGAAGCUUAGAGGCUCCAUCUAUAGUAUAUAGAGGAAAGAGGAAUUUCAACCCAGGCAGUCAGAUUUCAAACUCUGUAUUCUUUACUGGGUUAUUCUGCUUCCACAUGUACACUACAGGGAAGAAAAGGGGCUUCAGAAAGUUUAAGGCUACUUGCCCAGAUUCACAGCUGCUAAGUGGAACAGCCAGCAUUUAAAUCCAGGGCUGUCGAAAGCAAAGCUUAUGUUCUUCCCCCGUCCUUUGCCUCCUUGGCCUACAGAAGGACCUUGGACAUGGGGGCCAGAGGAGUCCUGGCUCUGUGAAAUAUGGUUCUAUUCUUAGACUUUAGGGAACUUGCCUAAACCCUUGACUGCUGGUCUGCCCAGGCUGAAAUCAGUUCUAUUGGUAUUAGCAGUUGAGCAGAUAAUAUUACGCUUCCAGAAUUUAUUACUAUGGUUCCAAUUUACAUUUACCUUCUUGCAUAUUUGAGCCUGGGCUUGACAAUAUGGCUGUGAGGCUUGGGAUUCACACUUCAGUGAGGCCACCUGAAGUCACAGGUCACUGGUCUGCUCACGAUCUCUUCUGUUCUUGUUGCCCUUUUCUUAGUUCAGACCCUUGUGACCUCUCACCUUGACUGUUAUAAUAGCUGCCUCCCUGGUGUCCUGUGUCUGAAUGGGGCUGGCUGGGUGUUGAGCGUGCUGGGGCCUCAACCAUGGGGGUGGCCAGGGAAGUGGUUAAGCAGCAGGAGGAUGGGGGAUAUUGACUAGAAUAGAGACACAGGGUGAGGGCGUCCUGCUGCCCAUAGCACUGUGGCCAAAGGGUAUGGCAAGGUCAUAUAGGCAGGCCACCAUUCCAAAAAAGGAGGUCCGGUGUGUCAGUGGGGAAAACCCUGGGCAACAAAUGGGCUUAGUGUCUUGGGUGGGCGGGGAAGAGAUGAAGGAAGGGAGGGAGGGAGAGAGAGAGGAAAGAAGGAUGGAAGGGAGGGAGGGAGAGAUGGAGGGAGAAAGAAAGGAAGGAAAAGGCCUUUGUGGCUGGAGCUCAGAGAAUAGGUGGAGGUAGAGGUUGUUUGAGAUGAUGCAGGAAAUCAGGCAUGACAUUUUUAGCAUGUUAAGUAUUUUAGGACUUUAUCCUUAACUUCCUGGAAGCCAGUGAUUCUGGGGAGAGUGAUACGAUUUGAUUUGUUUCUAUCAAAGAUCACUUGACUGCAGAGAAACUGAAGGCAACGAGCCCAACUGGAAGACUGCUUUAAUUGUCAGAGUGAGAGGCUAGAGUAGUUUGGUGUAUAGCGACGGGAGUGGAGAUGGAAAGAAAUCCAGGUAGAUGGAGGAGGAAAGGGACUCCCCAGCAAGACAAGAGCACCUGAAAAGCCAUGGAGGUGGGGGAGGGGCCCGCUCCUGGAAUAUACAAAUUGUGUACGUGAUUGUUAUUAUACCAUACCUACACAUAAAAUUUGAUAAUCCUUUUUCAAUUAAUGUUAUAUAAUCACUUUCCAUAUUGCUACACAGUCUUCAUAACCAUUGUUUAAGAUUUACUACCAUUUAAUAGCUCUAUCAUUGUCCAAUUUUUGGAUAAUUAAUUGAUUCCUACUUAGAGCUAAUUUAAUUAACAUGUCAGUAAGUGUUUUAGAUUAUAUAGUUCCCUAAAUCUCACCCAUACAGCCUCCCUGCCCUGCCCCCCCCACGCCCCCCCCCCCCCCCCCCCCCGUUCCCCACUCCUACCCCCCUACCGUAUUUUUGUAUUUUGAGGUUAUUUCUUUAGGGACAGAUUCCCAGGAGUCAGAUUACUGGGAAUCUAGGAGUUUUUUGUAAAAGUUUUUUUAGAUUGUCAAAUUGCUUCCCAAAAGUGUUGUUCUAAAUUAUAAUUUUACCAGCACUGUAGGAGAGGACCAUUUUCAUGCUACCCUUGCCAGAAUUGGGUGUAAUAACAUUUAAAAAAUGAUAUUUGAGGGGCGCCUGGGUGGCUCAGUGGUUAAGCGUCUGCCUGCGGCUCAGGUCAUGCUCCCAGGGUCCUGGGAUCGAGCCCCGCAUCGGGCUCCCUGCUCCGCGGGAAGCCUGCUUCUCCCUCUCCCACUUCCCCUGCUUGUGUUCCCUCUCUUGCUGUGUCUCUCUCUGUCAGAUAAAUAAAUAAAAUCUUUAAAAUAAAAUAAAAUAAAAUAAAAAAUGAUAUUUGAUAAGGUAAAAACAAUACUUUAAAGUUAAUACUUUGUGAUUAGCCUUUCCCCUCGAUUAAUAGUGAGCUUAAACAUUUUUCCAUGUUCAUUACCUAGAUAUAUUUCCUCUUUGCUUACUCAGUUUCUUUGCCUAUUUAUAUACUGAAGGUGGAGGUCUUUUCGGCUAUUUAAAUUUUAAACAUAACCAUUUACCAUAUUUUAACAACUUUUCUGUUUUUAAAAAAUUGAUUUUCUUACAAACAUAAAAUCUUUAUAUAGAUAUAUCUGUUGACUUUUUGUGAUUUUUAUUGCUUCUAAACUUAUAUUCUCCUUUCAGAUGUUACUCAGUUUCAAUUCUUCCAUUUUGGUUAUUACCUGGUUUUACAUUUAAGUCCUUAAUCCACUCCGCCUUUAAUUUGUGAAAGGGUAGGAAGUGAGAUAACUAAAUAGCUUAUUUUCAAAUUGCUAACCAGUUAUCCCAACAUAUUUAUUGGAUUCCUUCCCACUCUCAAGUUAUGAUGGCUCCUACAUCACAUACUAAAGUUAUUUUAUACUUAAAUUAUUAUUUUAUUUCAAUAAGUCUCCCUGUAGUAACAAUUUGAACUAUCAUAGUAGGUUUUAAUAGUUGGUAGAGCUAAGUCCCCCUCAUU